UGACGUAUAUAUCAUGCGACGCUAGGCGUUGGCGUGGCAACGCUCGGUUGUUUGGAUGUCCUAGCAAAGCUCUGCAUGCACAUCAGACCACAUUUGGGGCAGUGUUUUGUCGUAAUUCUAUCAUGAUCGAGUCGUCUCUUCGUUCUUUAGGAGCGAAAGUUGUUGUAGCUGCUUCCAACGAUGAGAACCACCCGCCGGAAAACAUUAUCGACGGAAACACCAACACAUUUUGGAUGUCCACGGGAAUGUUUCCUCAAGAAUUCAUCAUUCGUUUUGCUGAAAUGACAAACGUUUCUUCAGUGACCAUGGACAGCUACAACGUCAAGCACCUAAAAGUAGAAAAGAAUACGUCACAAAACGCCUCUCACUUUGAGUUUGUGGCAGAGAAAGAACUGAAAGUCACGGAGGGACAUCUUCAGACAAAUUCUAUUUCACUAAAUGGAACCACUGCCACUCACCUUCGUUUCAUCAUCACCUCAGGAUACGAUCACUUUGUUUCAGUGCACAGGAUGGCUGUGCAUAAAUGACACUUGCGCUAUUUGCGUCAUUGUUCUCACACGCAUUUAUCACUCAAACUGAGGUGUGACAAGAAAUAUACACCGGAUAGAAAAGUCUAAAAGUAUUUGUAUUAUAUAUAUAAAAAAGGGCCAAAAAAUACUCCUUUUUUUUACACUGUCAAUGUAAUAUUGAAUUUGUUCAACUGGAAUGGUUGAGGAAAAAAAAAAAUCUGAAGUGAGAAGAAUCAGCUGGAAAAAUGUGGUUGCACAAGUGCGCACACCCUCCUAAGUCAUGUUUAAAUGUGUUUUUUUUCUCAUUAUAUGAACGGCACGGUUUCUUAGCGGCUCUGCCUCACAGUCGAGCGCUCCUCGGUUUGAAUUUUCAGCUGAGAUAUCGUGACUUGCUACUUUUAUAAAUGUGUCUCAUCCAUAUUCUAUUUAGCUCAACGCAAACUAAUUAAAGAUAUGGAUUCACUUAA